UCCGCGCAGCAUUGAUCGCGUGAAAGCGAAUCGGGUGACGGGAGGCGGGGCUUCGCGCGGUUGCCAUGCAACGCGUCUCCAACCGCCGUGAUGCGCGCUGAAACGAGUGGAAGAGGAACGUAAAUAAAACGAACUCUGAAAAUAAUUGUAACAAUAACAGUUAAGUUAAAAAUAACAGUUAAGCAAGAUAAAAGGCAUUUGUUCAAACGUCUUAGACAGAGAACGUGGCUGUACUGCGGUGUCGUUUGGUGUCUCGCAAGCGAGAGAAAUGGAGAGUUAUGAGCAGUUUUACAGCAGGACCCUGAGCGCGCUGCCCGCCUGUAGUACCGCGCCGCGGCCGCAGAGGGCGCUGUCCGCCUUUCACUUCCGCGGCAGGAGACUCCUACAGCCGCUGGUGAGUGAAGCGCUGCGGGCUCAGAUGGUUGAAGACAGACAGACAGCGAUGGAGAGAGACAGAAGAAGACAGACUCAGCAGACGGACGCUCUUCUUCAGAGAGUCCAGAACAUUCUGAACAGCAUCCAGCUGGAGAAGGAUCGGAGGCAAGCGGACAGCACAUCUGGGGCUCCGGGGUCCAGAACGAGCGUGAGGGCGUGUUGGGCCCCGGCCCCGCCCGCAGCAGACGCUCAGUCCCAGCAGCUCUCUGAAGAGAGAGACCCUCCGCCUGCUGAACCUGCGCAUGGACACGCUCCCGUCUGACCCCGAAUCCCCCGAAUCCAGCCUGUGUCUGAGUCUGACGGGCUCCUACGCCCCGUUACCCGGCCCUCAGCCCGCCGGACACAUCCUCAUCUCCAGCCCCGUCUCAGAGAUCGGUGACGGACAGCUGUCAAUCAUCACCUCCAGCAGCACCGGGUCAGCCCAAGCACAAGCUGAGAGCCGUGAGGAGCCCAGAGGGGCCCGUCGCUCGGCCCCGGCGCCCCUCAACCGCUCCUAUGAUGUAGAGAACCCUUCUCCGUCCCUGAACAGACCGCGGGUGGAUUCAGAGCCGACCCGACGCCGACACUCACCACAGCUCCACAUCAACACUACAGCAGAGCAGCAGAUCCAGGCUUUGGAAGUACAUUUAGAGAGAGAACACACUCAGCAGAUCUCUAAACUUCUCACGGCACAGGAGAGACAAACACAGCACCUCCAUCAGGAGCAGGUGAAGGCUCUCCGUCGUCUAACCGCCGUGACUCGAGGCUUUCUGACACGCAGACUCCUGCAGACGGACAAAAUCAAGCAGCUGCGCAAAACUAUACAGGACUCCAGGGACUUCAUCCGAUCGUUCCAGACAGAUUCCCAGCUGAGGAGAGUCUCUGUCUCCCAUCAGGAUCUGUCCUUAUAUCAGCGCGUCACAGCCCAGCUGCGAUCAGCACUGCAUGAUGUCCAUCAGAUCUUCACCGUGUGGCCUGUGAGAGACAGAAUGAGUCUACUGCGGCAGGACCGAGAGAUACGCAGAGAGAGGACACUCAGAGACAUGGACAGACACAGUCCUGGAAACACACGGCUUCUGUCCUCGGCCACUCAGAAGACCCUGGACAGGAAGACUGUGAGGCAGGCGAAGAAGAGCGCGGUGAUUCCCUGGAGCUCGCCGAUGAGGACCCUCCGGCCAAACAGCGCCCGCUUCUCUCAGAGCGCGGUGGAGAAGAGAGACGAGUGUUUGGGAGCGAGGCAGAAGCGCCCGCGUCACAGGAAGUAUCUGUCUCUGGGGUAAAACACACACCAAGGGGACGCACAUGGAUUACGACUCUCUGUUUUUUGCAAUUGUCCACAUUUUUAUAAUGCACUCUAAUAAUAAAUGCACACUGCAAACUU